CGGGACUUAGACUGACUGCCUGAAAGGCAACAUUGCCCGACUGUGUCUGUCGCCAUUGAGAACGAGUGCUGAGUUGUUAUGGUGGAUAUUGAUAGUUAAAUGGUCACUAGUAUUUACUACCGAGUCGUCGAAGAAAAGAUAACAAUCUUUACAUGGUUUUAAAACAGACUGAGUAUUAGUAGACUAUAUGUGUUUAUUAAAAAAACGUCGUUUCGUAUUUGUACAGGGACUGCGCGCGGCUGACAUUUCUCGUCCAGGCUCUUUGUGUGUCGACAAUGGUUUGUUUUUCUCUGUCAUGACCUUUCGUAGCUCUGAUCGGACCGUUUUUAAUUAACGAUAGAGUUGUAAUUACUUAUUAUUAAUCGACGGAGGUCUGGUUGGAGUGAUUAAGGGCGAAAAGAAGGGGAUUUCAACAUUUAGAUAACGAGGACUUUGGAAAAGGGAGAUGGGAAACUGUCUAAAAUCUCCCACUUCGGAUGACAUCUCCUUGCUCCACGAAUCGCAGUCAGACAGGGCCAGUUUCGGUGACGCCAACGAUCCAGAUCUGGAACCGCCGCCUCCAUAUCAGGAGCAGAUUCAUGUGCCAGUUUACCACCCGACUCCCAGCCAGGCCCGACUGGCGACCCAACUGACUGAAGAGGAGCAGGUGCGGAUCGCGCAAAGAAUCGGCCUCAUUCAGCACCUUCCCAAAGGUGUCUACGAUCCAGGCAGUGAUGGCACAGAGAAAAAGAUUCGAGAGUGUGUGAUCUGCAUGAUGGACUUUGUGUAUGGCGAUCCCAUCCGGUUCCUCCCCUGCAUGCACAUUUACCACCUGGACUGCAUAGAUGAUUGGCUGAUGAGAUCCUUCACGUGUCCUUCCUGUAUGGAGCCUGUAGAUGCUGCCUUGCUCUCAUCCUACGAAACUAACUGACUACUGCCUGAUGUCCCUACACCCUGCACACACACACACACACACACACACACACACACACACACACACACAGUCAGCUCUUGAGUCCUGUUUUCGCAUUGCCCUUUGUGCACAAACUGUGGAAUGGUUUGCAUGUGGCACUAUGGGAUAGAGGAGGACCUACUGAUCGUUUUACUUCUCCUGCGUUGUCCUGCUGGACAGGGUAAACCCACAGGAGACGGUUUUGCACCCUGCCGACUUUAUGACGGAUUUCCUUUCUCUCUUAAAUGACACCGAGCCGGUCACGCACCGUUCCACAGUAGCUACACUUACACUGGAAGGAGACAAACUAUCGAGAAACAUAUUGGAGGACUCGCAUAUAAUGACGUGUUCAACAUUUAAUCUCCAUUUCUUUCUUUCUCAGUGUGUUUCCAUAAAGGGCUCAUUUGGUUUCUGAUGAAAGCGCUGUGGAGCAAAACAGUAAAUUGCAUUGCACACACAAAUACAAAAAAUGAAAGAGAAAUAUCCCAUAGUAAAUUUUGCACUUUCGUCUUCGAUAUUAUCCUGACUAUAGAGAUGCGCACGCAGGAGUCAUCCCUUGCAACUUUUAUUUAACAAUCUUAAGGUAGUUUUUUGAGUGUGUAUGUUUGUUUGUUUUAAUCUGCUUUUAAAAUCUGCUUAUUUCAAACAUUAUGAUUUUUAAAUAAUUUUCAUAUUUGUUACGUUUCGAUAGUACUUGUGUGAGUACCCUGACUGAAUGGACAGUUUUGUUACAGACACUCUUACACCGUUACCAAAACCGGGUGUGAUGUGAAAAUCUUUCCUUUUACACCUGAGUUUUCGAACAAUGGGACACGCUGUUAAUCACUUGGUUUUAAUUUUUGCGCCAUCUUGGUGGGUCCACAUAGUUUUAAAAUCACAAUUUUUAUUUGUGUAAUAACUAGCAUUAAAAAAACAUAUUUACAGACAAACACUGAAGUCAUGGAAAGCCUGAUGGGGUCAAUGAUGUGAUGUUGGUAUGAUUAAUCCAAUGUAGGCCAUUGUGAAAGUACACAGAUGAGUGUGCAAAACCGCUUGUUUCAUCUUCGUUUAGAGAGUCUGCUUGUGCUCGUGUAUUUUGGCAACCUUAUUAUAAUUUUUAUAAUAUUAUAUAUAUAUUUUAUUGUUCCUAAUUUUAAUUCCCAAUAUCACAUGCUUUGAAAUUAGUCUGUAUGACAUCAUACAGUUAAUUAAAUAAACACAUCUGAAUCCUUUGUUAGAUUCAGUUGAGUAAAUAUGUGUGUGUUUAUUAUUAUUUUCUUUAAAAAAAAAUUACAGUAGACCUCUAAUUCAUGGCUAAUUCAUUUGACAACAAGCAGAAAUGCAGGCACACUGCAAAAAAUGAUUUUCAGGAAAAAAAUUCUUAGUAUUUUUGUCUUGUUUUCAGUAAAAAUAUCAAAAAAUUCUUAAAUGAAGAUGCUUUUUCUUGAUGAGCAAACCGACCCAUGAAAAUAAGUCUAGUUUUUAGACUAAAAAUAUCAAAUGUAAGUGAUUUUGUGCGUAAAAUCUUGAAUAUUUUUCUUAAACACUAAAUUCAAGAAAAAUGUAAGAAAAAUUUGCUUACCCCAUUGGCAGAUUUUUUUUUGCUUGUUUAUGCACAAAAUCUCUUAAAUUUGGUAUUUUUGGUCUAAAAAUUAGACUUAUUUUCUUGGGUUGUUUUGCUCAUCAAGAAAAAACAUCUUAAUUUAAGAAUUUUUUGAUAUUUUUACUGAAAACAAGACAAAAAUACUAAGACAUUUAUUUCUUGAAAAUAAUUUUCUGCAGUGCAGUAGAUGUUCACCCCCAAACCAAGAUGCGCAGGUUUGCUUGUUCAUUAUUUAUUCCAAAUGAAUGAUUUAUUGGUGUCCACCUGUGUUUGGUGUCCAGACCUCUCUCUACACUCUCAGAAAAAAGGUAUAAAAGUGGUCACCGAGAUGUUACCUUUUAAACUUUGUAUCUACACUGCAAAAAAUGAUUUCAAGAAAAAGUGUUCUUAGUAUUUUUGUCUUGUUUUCUUCAGUAAAAAUAUCUAAAAAUUCUUAAAUUAAGAUGCUUUUUCUUGUUGAGCAAAACGAACCAAGAAAAUAAGACCAAAAAUAUCAAAUUUAAGUGAUUUUGUGCAUAAAACAAGCAAAUAAUCUGCCAAUGGGGUAAGCAAAAAAAUCUUGAACAUUUUUCUUAAACACUAAAUUCAAGAAAAAUUUGCUUACCCUAUUGGCAGAUUAUUUUGUUUGUUUUAUUCACAAAAUCACUUAAAUUUGAUAUUUUUGGUCUAAAAACUAGACUUAUUUUUUUGAGUCGUUUUGCACAUCAAGAAAAAGCAUCUUAAUUUAAGUAUUUUUAGAUAUUUUUACUGAAAACGACAAAAAUACUAAGAAUUUUUUUCUAUUUUUUUGAAGUGUAAAGAUUGCAUAAGUACCUACAACUCAUAGAUGCAUAUCUGUACCUAAAUGGUUAUACAUUUUCUGAUAGUGAUGACUGUAAAAGAAAGCACAAGAGAGACUUGAAAGUGAAUAUCUAUUUUUCUUACUCUCAGAUUUUGUAUAAGGGUAACAUAAAUUAGAAGUGGCAGUGCGAAAUAUGUCUCAUCUAUGCUUGAUAUUAUCAAUGUGAGGCAUAUUAAAUCUGUCCCCUAACUCAAAACAAAAAAAGAGAAAACCAUUCUGGUGGUUAGUGGCUGCUAUUGAAGUGAAGAUUUGUUUUUGUGCUUGAAAACAUGCCUAGUGUGGAGUGACUGUAUAGGAUGUGUAUAGUUAAUGAAGGUGGGUGAUAUAUUCUUCAUAGAAAAUCCAUUGACCUGGUUUUGCACAAUACUUUAGUUGUAGUUUUUGUCUUUUUUUUUGGCCUACAUACAACUCAGAGCUCCAUUGCCUUAGACCAGACAAGCAGAAGAUUUUCAGCUGGACAUCCUGGGACGGCAGAGGUUUGCAUCAGCACCGGAAGGAAGGAGUGAUAAGUGACCGCUUGAUAACGUUCACAGAUGCUCCUGAGAGACAUGUCAUCAGUGCAAUGCCAUACAAGAAAGUGAUACUCCAUGAUGUGCUGGGAGCACAUGGACAUGAUCUAUGAUCUGUUUGUAUGUGACACGUGUGUGUAAGGCUGUGAGAGUCUACCGUUUGUCUGUAUGUGAAUAUAUAUAUAUACAUAAAUAUGUAUGUAUAUAUAAAGUUAUGCAUCUUAUAUGUACUACAGGCAAAUAAUAAAUAGAAUUUAUGCUAUGGAA